ACUUAAUGUCGCGGAAAUUUUGAUCAAAUAAACAAAGCUAAACUAAAUGAUUAGAAGAGCAUACUGCUUUUAUGAUGCACCUUAUUUAAUUUUGUGUUUCUAUUAAUUGAAACACAUUAAUAAGACCCAUGCCAUCAAAAGUGAUUUCAGGUUAUAUUGAGGCUAAUGCGUGUGGGGGAGACUAAGUCGUUAUUAGUGGUGUGGAGGGACGAAUUCUGGCUUGAAAAAUGACUCGGCCGGGGCCACCCAACGAGAAUCUUCCUACCGUGAAACUGGUGGUAGUAGGUGAUGGUGGAGUAGGUAAGAGUGCGAUCACCAUCCAGUUCUUCCAGAAGUUGUUUGUGACAGAUUAUGAUCCUACUAUUGAGGACUCUUACAUACAGCAUACAGAAGUGGAUGGUCAGUGGUGCAUUCUUGAUGUAUUGGAUACAGCUGGACAGGAAGAGUUCAGUGCGAUGCGCGAGCAGUACAUGCGGAAGGGCGACGGCUUCCUCAUCGUGUUCUCAGUGACGGACAAGCAGAGCUUCGAGAACAUUCGUCACUUCCACACCCAGAUCCUCAGGGUUAAGGACAGAGACUCGUAUCCGAUGGUGGUGGUGGGCAACAAGGUGGACCUGGUGCACGCGCGCGUGGUGCCGCCGGCCGCCGCGCGCCUGGCCGCCCGCGCGCUGCACGCCCCCUACCUGGAGACCAGCGCCAAGGAGCCGCCGCUCAACAUCGACGCCGCCUUCCACGAGCUGGUCCGGCUCAUCCGCAACCACCCGCAGCAGGAGGACAAGCAACGCCGCAGACACAAGUUCGGGAAGUGCUGCCUCCUCUGAACAGACCGACCUCUGCUUUGUGCGGUGGCGCCGACACUCCCAUCACAUUCGCAUCGACAUUGGAUAAGCUUAGACCGGGCGUAUUUUUUGAUAAGCUAACUGUAUAUUUUGCUUUGAAAUAAUCUAAUACGAGAAGAACACUAAGUGACAAUGCGAUCCUGUCGAGCGGCGCCCGCGUGCUCCACGUGUAUAUUCAAUGAUGCAUUUAUUUUUAGAUUAUUUUAUAGAGCACAAGUGUAGGGGACCGCCGCGCCUGCUACUUGCUGAAGGUUCAUACCGAAUCCUGAAGAACGUGCAGACAAAAUGGUAACAGUGACCAAACCCGCUAAAUAUUGUAAGUGGAUCCGGGCCCCGACACGCCGAGUCCAGACCGACCCCUGCUCUGUUGCGCUAAAUAUUUAUUGUAUUUAAUAUUAAUGGGAUAUGUCCCUGAGCGGGUCCGGCAGUGAGCAGAACGGAAUUGAAAUAGUUAAGUGUAGUCCGGGGGCCGCCUCCUGGGCGCUGCGAGCCGAGCCUGAGGACUAAAAUAUUGUUAUUUUUUUUGUUAAUAUAAAAUCGUUUUGUCUGUGUAGCGGUAACGAUUUGUAACCAAAGACUUAGUAAAUAAGCAAGUCUGGAGUUUCCAGCGACAUUCACCAAUCACCCAGCAGAGUUCCCUUGCUUCACAACCGAACUAAUACUGGUCCUCUCAUAAAUAAAUAUUUCAUGAAUUCUCAAUGUACCUGCACCGAGCUGCCUCACGAGGGGUCGUUGCCCUCGCGCGUUCCAUUGCGCGCCGGCCGCGUGCUCCCCUCGCCGCCUUCAGCCCGUGGAAGUCUAGUCAUAGAUUCGUUCAGACUUGUCAUCAACUAUUUAACUUAAUAUUUUCAUCUUAUUAACUUUUCAAUAGCUAUUGUAUUAGGCUUUGAAGUUGCUUGUACAAAAACGCUAAUGUAGUAGAAUAUUAGUAAAUUAUGCGAAAUUUAAAGGAUUAAAGCUUUGAUCUUCAUUGUGUUUGCGACUUGAAGUUCGCGUGAUCAAACUAUAGGACUCACAGGCCAUUACCUGUCUGCACAAAUAACCAAUUGGACAGUAGGAGUGGGUAAUAUCGGUUUUGCCGCGUAUCGAAUCGUAUCUAUAUAUCGAGGAUCAAUAUCGGAUAUUGAAUCUAUAUAUUUUCUGAAUCUAUAUAUUGAUGGAUGCUAGUAGAUUUUCUCGAUUCAUGAUAUUUGAGAUUUGAAACGAUACGCUGAUAUAAUAUCGUAGUAGAUAUAGAUUUAAGUCAACGUUAUACGGUUGGUUUUCUGAUAUCAAUUUAUAAUAUGAUCUUAAAGUAAUAAAAAGAACAUGAAAAUAAAAAUAUCAAAAAAACUUUCCUUCAUGCUACCAGGCUUAGGACUGGCUACAUUAUUUUCAGUUUUUAGUAUUUUGUGUCUUAAUUUAAAAUUACAAAAUAUACCAAAAGAGUGUAGAUUUCAAAAGUUUAAUACAAACACAAGAAAUAAACUCAAUUAUUUGGAUUCAACUAAAAAUAGAAAAAUGUAUACUUUAAAAAUCAAACACAAAAAACUUUUAAGUAUUUAUAAACACUUGUCCAAAAAUUCUAGUUCAAGGUCAAAGCGCGUGAAAUUAAAUUCAACGAUGCAAAUAGGCUAGACUGCAUUCAAGUUAGGGUCGAAAGUUGAAACUUCUUUCCUUAAUUGUAUCCUGCUGAUACGCUAAGAAUAAUCUACAGACAUAUGGACUUAAAUAUAAGGUUUACAAUUGUAUGGAUAAUGCCUGUUUCUGUUUCAUUCAUCACAUGAUAUCCCUAUCGUGCGCUCACUCACUCUGGCCGAUUCGAUACGAACCAAACGAAUAUUGCUGAUAUUAACGAAUCGGUACGAUAUGCCGAUGCGCAUCACAUCGAGCAAUAUCGUGUAUCGGCUGAUAUCGAAAUAUAGAUUUCGAUUCACGAAUCGGUCCGAUAUGGCGAUGCGCAUCACAUCGAGCAAUAUCGUGUAUCGGCUGAUAUCGAAAUAUAGAUUUCGAUUCACGAAUCGGUCCGAUAUGGCGAUGCGCAUCACAUCGAGCAAUAUCGUGUAUCGGCUGAUAUCGAUAUAUAGAUUUCGUGCGGUCGCCCCGCACGAAAUCUAUAUCGGAUUCAACGAUAUUGCUGCGAUAUAUAGAUAUUGAAUCUAUAUACGAUUUAUAUCACCCACUCCUAUUGGACAGGCGUUUAACGCACACGUGACCUUUCGCGCCUCCCUCCGCCGCACCCCCGCACCCCUAGGGAUGCUACAUUGCUCAUAAAAACAUCGAUGUUAGGUUAUCGAUGUUUUCAAAAGUGAAACAUCGAUUAAAACCACGAUCUUCAUGAACGAUAUAUCGAUGUUUUUAUCAUCAUUCACAAUUUACAUAAACUUCUUUUUACGAAUUCAUACCAAAGGAUUUUUCAAACAAACAGUACAUAGUUGUAAUCUUAGCACCAAAUUACCCCGAGAUCAGCAUUCAAAUCCAAAAGGGGAAAAUAAAAGUUAAAAUUUACAGAUCUGUGUAAUCAACUUUUAUAGUAUAAAUUUUUAAAGGCAGGUAAACAAUAAGAAACAAUAAUUAUAAAUAUAGUAAAGUAUAGUAAAAAGAUAUUUGAAGCUGCAUCCCUACGCAAUUCGCGCCCCCUCCGCGCCCUCUCCGCCGCGCCCCCUCCGCCACGCCCCUCGUCCUCUCCCGGUUGCACAAACAAUCACGUCGUACUGACUGAGCUGAGAUGUGAUCUCUAAGGUCCAGUCCAAUAGAAUCAUUGCACAGAUGUUUAUUUCAAAUAAAUCAGAUUUUAUAAUUAAAAUUGGUAACGAAAAGUAUCAUUUCAAAUGUAGAUACUGAUUGUAGACUUAUUAUUUGGUAGCAAUAAAUAUUGUUCAUGUUUCACGCCAGCUUUGUGCAUUUCUUGUUCAUAGAUCCGUUGUAGAGUUCACCUCUGGCUGUUAUAGCUUCAGGCUACUAAAACGUGUUACGUGCGAUAAGCGUGGCUUUAAACAGAUGUGCAAAUACAUAUUAAAUAAUGGCAAUAAUACGUAAUCUUUAGUCAAAUGAAACGGGCACAAAUAUAUACAUAUAGACUGGGGCACUUGUCAUUCCGUAUCCAGUGGUCGUAGGUCGAACUAAAACAUAGAUGAAAGUAUUUUUAGCGAAUUGAUCAAUACAUUUGUAUUUGAAUUAAUUUGAUUUGAGCGCACAAUAUUUUAUGUAAUUCGCAAACUAUUGACUAAUUGGAGCCGCCUCACAACUGCUUAACUGACAGUUAAGUUGCACGUGCACUCUCAACACUUGUCAAUUGUUUGAUCAAUAAAAAAAGUGCCAUCUGUGACUUUCAGCGGUCAAGGUAGACGCACGGCCACACUUCAUUAACUAAGACUUAAUAGACUUAACAUGAAAAUGAAAGGUGCAAUAUUAAUAUAACAUAAUACCUAUACCCAAAUGAAACGUAAAUAUACAAUACGGACAUAAUAUAUUAAUUACCUUAUAAUAAUAUUGUUAUCGUAUGUUUUGUAUGUUGUAAACGUACCCAAUAUACUAGUAGAAGAAAAAAUAA